AUGGCGGGCGUCGCUACCGCUGCUUAUUCUGCAGAUGCCUUGACAUCUGGCGCUGCGGAUGGCUCUCAAUGGGAUUAUGCCGUCCCGAUUGGCUAUGAGGAAAUUCCUCAGUCAAAACCACGCUCCUCCCACGACUCGAACUCGAUCCGCGCCCGUUCUUCCCGGAAUCGUAACUCUAAUGGCUCCCGAAGCUCGUCGGUCUCUCGAAAUGUCCACGCCCACGACUCCUAUAUGGCUUCCGGUCGAGGUCGCAGGGAUCACAGUCUCAACCGGCAUGGAAGCGAGGUAGGCAGCAUGCGAGAGGCCUAUGGGCACGAACAAUCGGCUCGCCGAGAACACGGAGAGAGCAAGGACGGGUCGGUCGUGCCGCCGGGCCAAGAAACGAACCAAGAGAACUGGAUACACCGGGAUAAGCUGGCCAAAAUCGAGAGUGAGGAACUUCAUCAAGCUGCCAUCCUCUUUCAGCGACGAAUCAGGGCAGAAAGCAAGUCGAGCGCGGGGCAUGGACGGAACCAUGAUUCCCAGCACAGCGCUACCAACGGAGGUGGUUCGACUACUUCGCCUACUGCAGAGCACUCGGAACCCUGGCCGGAACUGCGUGAAGAAGCCAAAGCCGAUGGCGCGAACGACGAGGAUGAUGAGCGGAAGCACUGGGACCUCCGCCGACCAGAAGAAAUUGCUGCCGACGAAGCGGCCUCGAGUAUCUACAGUCACCCGGGUCUCCGCAAAAGCUCCUCCCGAAUACCCAUUUCGACAGCCAGUCCUGCUCCCCUCGUGCCCAGCGUAGGCCGUGAUUCCCGCGGGCCACGGAGCCGGGCUGCGACAGAUGAAAAUGACGAGAGCCAAGCCCCGAGAGGCCGCAGAGCCAGCGAGCCUAUCGCUGUUGAGACAGAGUCGUCUACUCCCUCCCCCGAGAGCCGUCCGGGCAGUCGCGGGGCCAACACUACCCCCAACACCCCGGCUAAGAAGACGCCUGCGAAAGCCACUGGCUCUGCCAACCGGAAGACUUCUGCUCCGCCAACGAACAGAAAGACGACCGCUCGCUCGCGUGCCGUAUCAGGCAAUAAUUCGUCGCAACGACCAACUACUCGAUCCGGCGAAAGUCGACCAACGACCGCGGCCAACCGACCCGAGGGAGACCCGCCGUGGCUGGCGACCAUGUACAAGCCCGACCCUCGCCUCCCGCCGGACCAGCAGAUGCUCCCCACGCUGGCGAAGAAGAUGCAGCAAGAGCAGUGGGAGAAGGAGGGCCGAACUCCCACCACAUACGAUCGCGACUUCGCCCCUCUUGCGGUUCACCCGCAGGAUGCGCCCCCGGUCCCAGCAAAGACCGAGGAGCCUAUUGAACCUCUGAAACCUGAAGAGGAACCUCCGAAGCCGCCCAAGAGCCCGGAACCACCGCGGCCGAACACGAGCACCGGCUACAGUACUAUGCCCAAGGUGCAGGAUACGCCCCCGUUGGGAUUGGGAGUCAAUCCCAACUGGAACCCUCCCGUGGUCUCAGCUCCGGAAUCAAUCAAAAAGGAGAAGGGCUGUGGAUGCUGUAUUGUGAUGUGA